AUGGAACCAGCAUUUAUAACUCCCUUCUUGGCUGUACUAAUUGAUGUAGUUCGGAAACAACUAAGAAAUCUAAGCAGAAAUCUAGAGUACAUCAACCAAUCCUCUGAAGAAGUGCCACGGUUAAGAGCUCUAAUUAGUAAUGCCAUAGCCCUGCUUUAUAGUAGGGAUCACAACUUUCAGCUGCAAGUUGACAACUUUGGUCUGCAGGAUCAGGUGUACACCAUAACCAGCAUUUGCUAUGAUGCAGAAGACGCGGUGAGUGAGAUGGAAUACGAGAGCAUGAUAAGCAUGUCGGAGCCCAUAACUUGUAGAAGUGGUGCAGGGAUCUCUACAAGGUACAAUAAUAGCAAGAUCAAGGAUGUAUCAGUGAAACUGGAAAAGGCAAUGCAAAACUUGCAACAGUGUCUGCAGCCAGUCCGAAAUCAGUUGCCAGGCCACACUCGUUCUCGUAACAGUUCAUUUUUACCUCCUAGUCCUGAUUUUCUCAUUGAACGGAAUGAGGAAGUUGAUACCCUUGUUAAUAAAUUGACCUCCUCAGAAAUGUACAACUCUUUAGGAGUUACCAUAACAGGUAUGAAUGGUAUUGGGAAGUCAGCACUUGCAUAUAUGAUCCGAAAUCAUGAAGAAAUUAGAGCCAUUUAUCCACUCAGGUUGUGGAUUUCGCUCUCAGGUCCCUUUAAACCUCAGGAAGUAAUUGACAAAAUGGUAGAAGAUUAUAGAAGUACUUAUAAUCAUACAUUAGAUCGCAAUCUAGUGCAUGGCAAACUCAUUAGUAUCCUUCAAAAGAAGAAGUGGUUGAUUGUGGUGGACAACUUGUUAGAUGUAACCUCUAGUGAGGAAUGGUCUUAUUUUUGGUCUUCAAUUGGUCAUUCUCCUCAACAGGGCAAACUUGUGAUCACCACUCCCAAUCGCGAUGUUGCUCAUGCUACCAAUACUACUAGUCAUAUGUUAAAUCCUCUGCCACUUCCGGUCUGUGAACAGUUAAUCUCAAGAUGGAUCCAAAACUCAACAGAUGCUGAUGAUAUUAACACCCUUGCUCAGAUGUGUCAUGGCUUCCCAAAGGUUGCUAAUAUCCUCGCCGAUUACUUAAAUCAUCAUAAAGUAGCUGGUCAGGACGAUCAAGGGGACAUCCUGUUGGAUAGAGACCUGUGGGAAAUCCAAGAUUUCAGAACUUAUAUUACAUCAGUUCUUGAAUCAAGUUACUCCAUGUUAGAACCACACUAUGUAAAAAUAUGUUUUGCUUAUUUUUCUCUCUUCCCUCCUGGUUAUGCUUUCAAAAGGGAGGAAUUGAUCCACUUAUGGAUUGGAGAAGGGUUCCUUCGAUGCCCAAGAAAAUCAAGCCUGGAGAACAUUGGAAAAGAUUACUUUCGAGUCCUUUGGAAAUGGUUUAUCCUUCAACUUUCAAACAACAACAACGAGCAACCAAGGUAUGAACUUCACAAUUUUACUCACAUGUUUUCACAGCUUAUUGCAUCAAAAACAUGUCUCCGGUUGGAUGAAGACAUGGAAACACGUCCUUGGGACAUUAGUAUUCGGCACUUGUCCCUGUCGUGUCAUGAGCUUCAACGUACAACUUGGAACAAUAUUCUAACUCUCAAGGGGCUUAGAACAUUUCUUCCUCUGUGUCAUAUAAAAAUUGGUAGUAGAAAUCUACAAAAUUUAUUGAAGAACUUAGUGUACGUUCGAGUUCUUGCCCUUAGUGACAGUGAUAUUCAUGAUCUUCCAGAGUCCAUAAAGACGUUGAAACUCCUUCGGUACCUAGACAUAUCUAGAACUCGUUUGAGAUCGUUGCCCAAUUCAGUUUGCCAACUUUACAACUUACGAAUUCUGAAGUUUAAAGGUUGUCCAAAAUUGAAGUCAUUACCCAAAAAUUUCAAAAAGCUGAUUAAUUUGCGACAUAUCAGUUGGGAUAUAGCUGAUAUGAAGCACUUGAAUGCAAUGCCAUCAGGCAUUGGAAACCUCACUUGUCUUCAAGCACUUCCUUUAUUUACUGUUGGUAAAACAGAAGGACACAGAAUCACUGAGCUCAAAGAUAUGAACCAUCUUAGAGGAUCAAUUUGCAUUAAAAAUCUUGAAAAUAUUCAAGAUGAGAAAGAUGCUGCAGCCGCGAAGUUAUGCUCUAAGACUUCCAUUCAAAAGUUGGAACUCGAGACAAGCAAGGACAAAAAGGUUGGAGGAGAUGUUUUUAACGCCCUUAAGCCUCCAAAAUCUGUGAAAGAGUUGCGUCUCAUAAACUAUUGUCAUCCUAAGUUUCCAGAAUGGAUAAGGCAUUUGAAUAAACUGGAAGAUCUAUACUUGGAGGGAUGGCAAGGUUGCCAACUCUCAUCUGAUUGCCUAAGAUUCUCCUUAGAGCUGCAAUCACUGACAUUGAAGGACAUGCCGAAUCUUCUCUGUUUGCAAGACUUGGAAGCCAUUGCUAUGCCCCAGCUUCAUCAUCUUGUUGUCAAGGAAUGUUCGAACUUGAUCAGCUUACCUUGGUUAAAGCAUCUGACUUCAUUGACAGAACUAGAAAUCAGUGGAUGCGAAGAACUUGGUUUGUUGCCGGAGCUACCACCAUCGAUCAACAAACUUACCAUCACUAAUUGUGCUUUGCUUAAGGAUCAAUUUCAACUCAGGGGUAUCGAGUGGACAAAGAUAAGGCGCAUUCCAACUUUGGUUAUUGAUGGUCAGAGAAUUCCAACAUCUAAUGAUACAAGUGACGAGGUACAUACAUUAUCAUUUUUACCAUGA